AUGGUGUUGUAUGUCAUCGGCCUAGGCUUGGGAGAUGAAAAGGAUAUCACCAUAAAAGGAAAAGAAUUAAUUGAAGAGUCAGAUGUAGUAUAUUUAGAAUCAUAUACAUCUGUUUUAUUUGUACCAAAAGAAAAUUUGGAAAAAUUUUAUAAAAAAAAAAUUAUUGAAGUUGAUAGAAUAUUUGCAGAAGAAAAUUGUGAACAGAUUUUAAAUGAAGCAAAGAGUAAGAAAAUCUCCUUUUUAGUAGUAGGAGAUCCUUUAUGUGCAACUACACAUCAUGAUAUUAUCUUAAGAGCAAAAAAAAAAAAUAUAAAUGUACAAGUAAUUCAUAAUGCUUGUAUUAUGUCAGCUAUUGGUGAAUGUGGUAUGCAAUUAUACAAUUUCGGUCAAACUGUAUCCAUCCCAUAUUUUGAAGAAAAUUAUAAACCUACAAGUUUUUAUGAAAAAAUAAAAAUUAAUAUAGAUAAUAAUUUUCAUACUUUAUGUUUAUUAGAUAUUAAAAUAAAAGAAAGAACUAUAGAAAACAUAAUGAAAAAUAAAAAUAUUUAUGAACCAUCUAGAUUUAUGACUAUUCAGGAAGCUAUUGACCAACUUACUUAUUGUGAAAAUAUUCUUAAAAAAAAUGUCAUCACAGAAAAUACGCUAGCUAUUGCUAUUGUUCAAAUUGGGUCCUUAAGUAAUCAACAAAUUAUAUCAGGAAAUUUAUUAACGUUAAAAUCGUUACAUUAUAAUGAACCUCUACACUCUUUGAUAAUAUGUGCACCGAAUUUACAUGAUAUAGAAAAGGAGUAUUUCGACAUGUACUUGUCCACGUAG